AUGGCAUUCGCGUGGAAAGCCGCUGGCAUCACCUACAACCGCUACCUGGCCGUCGCCUCGCGUGUUGUGCGCCGCUCGCUGAAGGAUGAUAAGAGACUGCAGGCCGAGAGGAGAGGAGAGAUGGACUUGAGGUUCGCAAAGUGGGAGAACGGCAAGCAGAGUGAGAUGAAGUCGGUUGAGGAGGCCAACCAGUCCGCUAUGCAGCAGCAGGCUGGCCAGUCCGCGCAGUAG